AUGAAACCUAUUCGAUAUGGCGCGAAGUACUCGCUGAAAGGCACAUUGUUGAACCGAAGCGAGCGGCUGGGGAAUGUUCGGUUAAAGGCGAACUUACCGCUUACGCACAAACUCCGCGCGCAGCACGAGUCCCUUGAUCCCGUCGAACUUGCAGUCGAUUUCCUGCGCGUCGCCGGUCAGGCGGAUCGACUUGAUGAGCGUGCCGCGCUUCAGCGUCUGGCCCGCGCCCUUGACGGUCAGGUCCUUGAUCAGCGUCACCUGAUCCCCAUCGCUCAGCACAUUGCCGACCGGUCCCGCACCACCACCGCAUCAUCCUCGCCGACCGUGCCGGCCUUGGCAGGCGUCCGCCGCGCUGAUCCAUUCUCCGGUCGCUUCGUCAUAGACAUAGUCUUCGUCGGCCAUCGCGCUUGCCCCUAUCAGAGCAGCGGCGGCAGCGCCCAGUCGAUCGGUUUUUGGCCAUGCUCGACCAGAAAGGCGUUGGCGCGCGAAAAGGGCUUGGAGCCGAAAAGCCGCCCCUCGCCGACAAGGGGAGGGAUGGACCGACGUGAUCACGCCGUGCCGCCCGCCGCCCAUCUCGCGCACGAAGCCCGCCUUUUCUGGGCAUAG